GGAUGCCCUCUUCCCCACCACGGGGGGGCGAGCUCUGCCUGGCCCUGUACCGAAGCAAGAAGCUGCACGGAAAGACGAAGAAGGACGCCGGCCGCAACAGAAGAAGCCAAAGCGAAAGCCAAAGGGGCAUCUGGUGGCCGGCCCUGCGGUUUYCCUCGAUCGKGGWAUUCYWGRACGAAACCCAGGGGCAGUGGAGCCCGGGGGACUCGGACCAGAAKGMCCGCCACAAGCUGGUCCGGAGGGCCCUGAGGGAGGCCGUCCGAGGGGAAUCCAUCGAGACGGUCCUGUACCUGGGCCGGCCCCCCUCGGACUWUUGCGCGGCCGACGAGGCGGCCCGCAGGGGCGUGGAGGUCCGGGACCUCUCGGAGGGCCUCCUGGCGCUCACCAGGCAGGCCCGGUCCCCCCUGUUUCCCAAAAGGUUUGCCCGGGGGGGACCGGGCGGGGGGGGAGAGCCCUGCCGCGAGCUCUUUCGGAGCUUCUACGAGGGCAUGGACCGGGCCAUGGCGAGGAUCGAUGCCGAUGCUUGCGGGGACAGCAGCGAUUCCGACAGCGACAGCGAUUCCGAGAGCGGCGAGAAGCGCUCCUGGGCCAGCCAGGGCCGGGCGAUCUGGGAGGACUACCACAAGGGAGGCUCCMGACUCCGGGCCGGAGACCCACCGCGAGAAGAGCAAGAGCGAGACGAUCCACAAGAUCUAGAAGACCCACAAGACCAUCGGGARCACCACUUACAAGAACACGAGGCACAAGGCAAGCAAGAACGCAUGCAAGCACAAGCCCAAGAACACGAGCAAGAACAUGCACAUGAUCAAGAACAAGCACAUGAUCGAGAACACAUGCAUGAACAAGAACAAGAAGACGAAGACGAAGGAGAUGCCUCCGAUCCGCACAACCCAAACAACAUUGACAACAACAACAUCAACCACCACCACCAACGACAGCACCACGACGACCAGUCCGUCUCGGCCCACAGCGCCGCCGCCGUUUCCUACACGGAGGCCUCUCUGAUGAGCCGGACCGAGACGCACGCCCAGGCGCAGGAGGUCUCGAUGCCCUCUCCCCCGUCCGGYCUGGAAUACGAGUCCGUCCUCGAAUCGGACAAGCACGACUUUGACCGCAUCUGGCACAAGCACCAGAUGGAGGGCUGGGACCGAUUCCUGGAGGAGGACGCCGGGGACGGAGGAGACUCGAUGGUCUACACGGCACCCAACGGCUACCGCUUCGGCUCGCACGGGGCCUUUGUGCGCUACCUGGAAGACACCUACGGCUAUUGCGGGGAGGGAUCGGGAUGUCGGUCUCGAUCUCCGUCUCGCCGGGGCCGCUCCCCCUCCCGGGCCGAAACCAAACGCGSCGGAACCAAGCGCGCCGGAAGCAGGGGCCGAUCGGCCUCUCGCUCCCGUUCCCGGUCCCUCGAUUCCCGCGACGCCGGGUGGACCGACCUCUGGCUCUACCUGCGGAACACCCUCGGCUGGACCUACGAGUACCCCACCCGCGAGGACGCCAAGAAGCACGGGAUGGGCACGACGGCCAUCUGGUUCCGCCCCGGCUUUGGCGCCAAGCACCGGGGCCGUCUGGGGAGGGACCACUUUGCCCGCGAGGAGGCCGUCGCGGACUACUGCAGGAAGCACGGCAUAGUCGUGCCGGGGCAGGGGGCCGGGCCAGACGAGCCCCACGAGCAACACGAACCCCACAACAAGCACGGCAACCGCCACGACCACAAAAACUACCAACACCAACACGAACACCAACACGAACAACAACACGAACAACAACACGAAUACGACGACGACGACGACGACGGAUACACCACCCCCGACGACCAGUCGACGGUCCCCCAGGACCCCGGAAAGCCACGGCUCGCCUCCCCCCAGGACCCUCCCUGCCCCGGCGAUUCGGGCCGGUCGGGGGGAAGCUCCCACAGCGAGGACGACCCGGACCGGUACGUAUUUCCGGUCCUCUGGGACCGACUCACCAGCAAGGGCUGGUCCUGGUGCAAGGCCCGGAACCACCUGGACGACUACUGGUACGUMCGGACCGCGUCCAUCCGGCCCGUUUCGGAGUGGAUCCGGGGGACGGACUACUUUGUCACCGAGGAGGAGGUCGUUGCCUUUUGCAAGAAGCGGGACGACCUCUCCAGGAAGGAAAGGGAGGCCCGGAGGAGGAACCAGCUCUUGGGGGAGCAGUCCACCAGCAAGAGCAAGAGCAACAAGAAAAAGAACAAGAGCAGCAGCAGCAGCAGCAGCAGCAAUAUCAACAAGAACAAGAAAGACCAAGCACCUGCAGCAUCUGGUGCUAAGUCUGCGGCUGCCGGUAGGAAGCGGAAAACCGCCGGCCGGAAGCCGAAAAAGCCCUCCAAAAGGCCGAAACAGCGGACCGACAACCAUCUCCCCACCCUCGCCUCCUGCGAGGACGCCAACCUCCGGGUCGAUUACACCAGCAAGCGCUACGCAAGGACCCCCCCCUGGGUGGCCAAUCCACCGGUGUACAAGCACGCGCUCUGUCUCAACGCCACGGGCAUGCACUAUUGCGGCGGGUACUACCUGCCGGCGGGGGAACAGGGCAAGAACCGCAAGAACGCGGUCCGCUUCGCGAGCGUCGAGGAGUGCGCUUCCUACUUUGCCCGCAACCCGGGCGAGCUGGCCUGGAAGGCGAGGRCCGACGGCGACGGCGAGCCCUCCACCCCCGAAGAGAAGGCCUUUGACCGGCUGGUCCGCUACGCCCUCGUUCCCGGCCUGCAGUCGACCUGGUCCACCAUCCGGCCGAUCAGCCGCUCCGAGACGGCCUUUCUGCUGACCAGGCUCGGAUACCAGCGGCAGCAGCAGCAGCAACAACAACAACCACAACAGGUUCUCGCCGCGAGCCGCGGCGGCGACCGGUGGGAGCCCCCGGCGGCCCUCGUCUGCGAGGGGAUCCUCGAAGCCUCSUACGGGUCCCUAGAGGCCCUCUGCGAAGCCCUCCGGUCCGUCGAGGGGGACCUGCGGAACCCCCCGGGACACAACCACAGGCGGCGCAGGGCCCGGACCGGAGAAGACGGCGCCACGACGGACCUACAGUUCAAGGCCCUCCGCCUGCGYAUCGCCGAGGGAUUCUCCGAGGCCGACGACGAGCUCGAGGACGAGUCCGAGGCCGAGUUUGACGACGAGCCAGAAGACCUUGCGGACGACAAAGCUCCAGGCGGGGGGGCUGGCCCYUCCUCCCCCACCGGCGGCGGCACCGACAAGGGAAACGAUGGGAAUCUUCCCCGCCCGGCGUCCGCGAGACCGCAGGCCGGGAACGGCCCUUCCGGUGGGGCCUCGAGCCAMCCGGAAGCCGGCGACCUKRCCUCCAAAAAGAGAAAGUGGGCCCCGGCAAGUGACGAGACCAAGAGCGAAGCCGAAACGGACGAAGAGAGCAGUCGCGACGAAAGCGAAUCUGAAAGCGACGACGAAAGCGACGACGAAAGCGAUGACGAAAGCAACGACGAAAGCAUCGAUGAAGAAAGCAAUCACGAAAGCAUCGAUGAAGAAAGUGAGGCCGAAAGCGCAGCCAAAAGCACCGACCAAAGCAUUGACCAAAGCAAUGGCCACGUAUCGAUGACGGAGGGUUUUGGAGACGAUUCGGACGAAGCGCUCGCCCUGAGCCCUUCCAAGAUCAAGGUCGGUAGCUACCGAAAGAAUCCCCACGACAACACCGCACCCUGGGCCACGAAUCCACCCCGUGCCAAAAGUUGGACCAAACUCUAUCAAAAGAUGGGCUUUGCGUUUAAAAAUUCGGUUUAUCACCUKCCGGACGAAUCGCACUCAAAACACACGGAACGCUUUCCGAGCAUCGAAGAACUCAGGAUCUACUUGUGCACCAAGGGGAACUGGCACCAGUACCUCCAGCGACUGGACACCGMCGGCGAACGAAAUCUCGUAGCGCGGCACAUCCGUUACKCCCACGUUCCCGGAAACCACCACGAKUGGCGCCGGCUCCGGCAGCUCGAGAUCGACGAAAUCAUUCUCUUCCUGACCCUCCUCGGCUUUGAGAAGUCCGGGAARUUUGAUUGGUGGGGGAUACCGGACGGGGUUCCACAGGUCGGGGGCACGGCCUAUCCAACCCUGUCGGCACUCGGCAACGCCCUCGUGCGGGUUCCAGACCUCGAGGAUCGGACGAUGGGCAUGAGCUACCGCAGGCGAUCCCGAAUCACCGACGACGAAAAGGUCCUGAACGACUACCAGAUGAUGGCCCUGCGCCUCGCGAUCGCGGAGGGUCUCCCCGACGAGGAUAUCCCCCGUGGAGGGGGCGAGGAAAAAGACGAGGCCCGGACCAGCAACGAGACUKCAGUGGGUGUUUCCGAUGAACCCUUGAUWGAUUUUUCGAGUGACGCCGUGGAACGGUUGAUCGAGGAGACGAUAAACCCACCGAAAAUCUGGAGAUUGCUUCAAACGCUGGGAUGCUCCUGGUCGGGCRCCAACUUCUACAUCCGUGGACUCAAGCGAGUCUUCUAUGUCCAGAACGAGAUGAUCGACUUUCUGCUGAAGCACGGCGUCGGCGUYCUGGACUGGGAUSGYUGCACCCUGGACGAAGCCGGCGUCGCAUCCGUCGUCCGUUACCUCAAGGCCUUCUACAUCCGCGGCUGCAGCCUGUCGSUCGUCGAGGAAGCCCUCGCGAUGGUMACGAAGACCACCGURCGGCGGUGCCUGGAAUCUCUCGGAAUCCACGAAGAAGACGGGGCGUACCGCAUCGAUUCCGAGGAGCUCACCGAAUCCGACGUCGUCAACGCGAUUCGGAGCAACCCCGACCUUCGCUUCGUGAAGCGGAGGAGCUCGUCCCCGAUCAAGCGGCGCCGCUCCGGCAGCGUCGACCCACUGACGAGGCUCGAGACCCUGGCGGUCCGGUACUGGGCGGCACUGUCCGAUGCCCCCCUGCCGGGCAUGCCGAGCCCCUCGGCGAUCGGUGCCCACCGGGGCGGGGGAGCAACGGAAGCACCCCGGGGCUCCAUCGAAGAACAGGCGUCGGACACAAAGGAUACCCGAAGCACGGAAACAACACAAGAGAUCCGGUGGGGGACACCGGAAAGGCCCAGCGUUGCCCAGCCGCCACCGGAACCGUCGGCCAAUGCUGCCGAAGUACCCGAAGAAWCCYCGACACCAUUGGGAGUUCCCGGCAAACCUAACGAUCCCRCUCAAUCCCCGAAUGCAAAAGAAAGCCAAGAUCCGGUUAACGAUAUCUCCGCAAAGCCCCCGWCGGAACCCAUGGAUUCUGCUGCUGCCUCCGAAAACGAAUCUCUCGAGCCACCGCCGAUCGAAGCUUCCCAAAAGAACGCUUCAAACCGUACUGUGGAAUCUGGUUCCGCUCCGAUGGAAGAGGAUUUGGAAGAUUGCAACCCUACAACCUCGCUAAUCGAAGCUUCCCAAAAGGAUGGUUCGAACCGUGCCGUGGAAUCUGGGUCCACUCAGAUGGACAAAGAGGAUUUGCAAGAUCACAACCCGGCAAACUCGCCAAUCGAAGCUUCCGAAAGGGAUGGUUCAAAAAAUGCCAUUGGAUCUGGUUCCGUCCCGAUGGAAGAGGAUUUGGCAGACRGUAUGCCGACGAAUUCCACCAAUGACCACGAGCCCGUUUCUGGUUCUCCGGAAGCAACGCUAGCAGCYACGGAAGGAGAUUAUUCGAAAUCGAGCUUUGCCACCCAGGAAACCGAAAACGUUCCGCUCGAGAAGGAAAGAACGGCGUCGGUCGCAAAACCCUUCGUCGAAGACUUCCCGGUGGCACCGAAUCCGUCGCUCUUUCAGUGCGCCGCCAAAAUCGCCGAGCUCCACGCCCGGCAGAGGAARAACAAGCAAGCCAAGACCGGUGUCAAAGCCAACAGGCCGCGCGCUAAWCCCCUGGGGGAACCCGCUGCGAAUGUCGGCUUUGCCAGCCCGAAACCGGCCAGAGCCGAUCGCUGCCACGACACGGGGUUCUUUUCUCCGAUGCACGAGCCGCGCAUGCAGGCCUCCGAGGAAUUUGCCACACCAAAACAGUACAACGGGAGCCUCUCUUCGCCCGACAAGGAGAACGGGAGGCCCGAGUUUGCCCGCGACGACGAUAACGACAACGACAACGACAACGACCGCCACUCAUACUCGGGAGAAGACCAGCACGGUUGGUUGACCCAGCCCGCCUUCGAGGGCAACGAYGGGGGCGACACCGAAACCGGGGAGGACGACUGUUCCAUCGAUACCAUGGAACGCCCGGCCAGGUUCGACCUGAACUCCACGGAUUUGCUGACGCAAGGCGACGAGAGCAACGACGGCGAAAACUGGUUCGACCGAACCAUAUUCUCGUAGACAAAUGAUACCAUAAGCCCACUGCAA